GCGGUAGAGGCAUGAUUGAAAAUUACUAAAAGCAACUGAAAGCUAUUGUGUACGUACCGGUCAUGUUUGUGAGCCGUUAAUUGUUUUUACAUUCCUGUUUUUCAAGCACGAAUGCUGAGAAAAAGAGUAAUUAUAAUUCCACAAAUAUUACUUUGAAGAAAAAAAUAAGUCACAAUGACGAAAGACGAAACUUUAGAAAAAAAAUCAGUAGAAAACAAUGAUACUGAUAAAAAAGCUACAUCUGAAAGUGGACCUGAUCCAUCAGCUCCAAUAACUAGAAGAGGAGUAUUGACAUCGUUUUUAACUGGCAAACCUAUGGAAAUACCUGAACAGGACAUUCUAGGUAAAUGUAGAUUUGUGUCAGAAUUUGAAAAAUUAAAUCGUAUAGGAGAAGGUACAUAUGGUAUUGUUUAUCGAGCAAGAGAUACCAAAAAUGAUAAAGUAGUAGCUUUAAAGAAGGUUCGCAUGGAAAAUGAAAAAGAUGGUUUACCAGUUAGUGGUUUAAGAGAAAUAUCUGUACUUUUAUCAUGUCGUCAUGAAAACAUAGUACACUUAAGAGAAGUAGUAGUGGGAAGAAGUUUAGAAAGCAUAUUUCUUGCUAUGGAAUAUUGUGAACAAGACUUAGCGAGCUUAUUAGAUAACAUGCAAGCGCCAUUUUCAGAAAGUCAAGUCAAAUGCAUUGUUUUACAAGUACUAAAAGGUUUACGCUAUUUGCAUCACAAUUUCAUUGUACACAGAGACUUGAAAGUGUCAAAUCUUUUAAUGACUGACAAAGGAUGUGUAAAAAUUGCUGAUUUUGGAUUAGCAAGAUGGUUUGGUUUACCUUUAAAACCAAUGACACCAAGAGUAGUAACACUGUGGUAUAGAGCACCAGAAUUAUUGUUACAAGCAAAGACUCAAACAACUUCUGUUGAUAUGUGGGCUGCUGGCUGUAUUCUAGGGGAAUUACUUGGGCAUCGGCCUUUAUUACCUGGGCGAUCAGAAAUUGCACAAUUAGAAUUAAUUGUCGAUUUAUUGGGUACACCAAGUGAAGCAAUUUGGCCUGAAUUUAAUACCUUGCCAGCAUUACAAAACUUUACAUUAAAACAACAACCAUAUAAUAAUUUAAAACAAAGGUUUCCGUGGUUAAGUGCUGCAGGUUUAAGAUUGUUAAAUUUCUUAUUUAUGUAUGAUCCAAAGAAAAGAGCUACAGCAGAAGAAUGUUUACAAAGCAGUUAUUUCAAAGAAGCACCUUUGCCAUGCGACCCUAAGCUUAUGCCCACAUUUCCUCAACAUAGAAAUAUGAAAAAAGCUGCUCCAACAAAGGAAACUAGAGAACCAGAGACGACUGUUACAGAUCAGACUAAUAACCUGCCUGCAAUUUCAGAUCUUCUUGGAUCACUUGUUAAGAAGAGACGCGUUGAAUGAAUUU